CAACGAGAAGGUGCAAUUAAAUUUGCACCUUAGCGACUAUGGGGGAGGGUACAGAUUUGAGUGACGGUGAAAACCUUGAUCAGACACCAGAAAAUAGUAACUUAGUGGAACAAAAUAGCAAUACAAGCCCACGUGAUGAUAGUAUGGAAGGCGGUCAAAACAUGAAUGCGAGCACAAAAAGAGGCCGAGAAGACAGCGAAGAGGAGACAUGGUGCAUUGUAGGAAAAGACGGGAAGAGACGUAGACAGGGAACAAACAGCCCAGUAAAGAAUAAGGAGGAAGAAAUCAAAUAUGAAGCAUACAUUUCGGCUGCAGAGGCUCUGCCUAAACAAUUUGCUUUCGCCCGAAUGAUGCAGCAAAAUAACAUAGCGGACAUCAUAGAAAUAAAAUAUAUUAACCCAAAUAAAAUUUAUGUCCACUUCGGGUCUGAGAGUGCUUUAGAAAAACUUAUUACAUGCCAAGCUAUAAAAGAGAAAGCAUGGAGUAUAGUGAGAACUAGCGAGGUUGCUGCUUCUUAUGGCGUAAUUAGGCAGGUAGAACUGGAUCUAACCGAGAAGGAGAUUUUGGAAAGCAUAGAUGGCGGCGCCCAGCUAUUAUCUGUCAAGCGGUUAACUCGUCGAUCGGAGGAUGGCAAGUGGAUAAACAGCGAGUGUGUGAGGUUGGGAUUCAGGGGAUCCUCCCUACCAGCUUAUGUCCAUGUAUUUGGUAUGCGCUUGAUGGUUAAACCAUACAUAUUUCCCGUCACACAGUGUUCGAACUGCUGGAAAUUUGGCCAUGUGAAGAGACUGUGCCCGAAAACAAAAAUUGUGUGUCCAAAAUGUAGCAAGAAUCAUAACAAUUGUGAGGUCACUAAGUAUGUAUGUGUAAACUGUACUGGGGAUCACUUAGCGUUAAGUAAAAUGUGUCCGGUUUACCUAAAAGAGAGGAAAAUAAGGAGUAUAAUGGCAGAUUUUAAUGUUACUUAUCGCAAAGCUUUGAGUAUGUAUGUCCCAGAAAGCCCUGUCAGGGAAAUUAAAGACACCCCCGAAAUUGAACUCAACAAAUCAGAUGCUUCCUUUCCAAAAAUUCGCUUUAAUUCGGAGAAUCAAGAGCAAAGCCAAGAUACGCUACCGACCCAAAUUCCGAAGUCAUUCGUAGCAGUUGCCAAGCCCACCUCAUCUAGUGCAAAGGAGAAGGCGUCCCCGAAGAAAAAUGGGACCGGUAAAAAGAAACACAAGAAAACCAAUCCUCGAAAAAAUAAACAUAUAACAUAUGACACACAAACUGACGAGUCGGAAGGUAGCUGCAUGGAUAUAGACAUUGAAUCGAGUUCGGAUACGAAUAAUAGUUUAGAUAUGAAGAAGGGAAAAAAGAAGGUUAAUGAAGAAAGAAGAAAGUCAAACAAAGAAAAGAAGAGUGACAAUAUUACGCUGGAAAAAGUUAUGGAGAUGUUAAAGAACAUAUUUUGCAGUGAGAAUAAGUCUGUUGUGGAUAAAAUUGUUUCAGUGGUCAAAAACGGUAUUAGGUGGUUAGUUAGUUAUGUGACCAAACACUUUUUUGACUUGCCUCCCUUGAGUCAAUUCCUCGGCUGUGAUGGCCAGUAA